CUCAAAUCAGUUUUCAAGAUCUCACUGUCACACGGCCCUUCAAUUUGUCCUCGUUACCACCAAAACAACACUACCAUCUCUUCUCUUCUUCUCAAAAACCAUGUCACUCCUCCACUUGCUACCCACCAGCAACCUGCUCCUCCAAUCCACCCUCGCCCUCUCUCUCUACGCGCUCCUCUCUCUCCUCCACAUCCCCGUCCUCUUCCUCCACGCCCUCCACACCUACAUCCACCCCGACGACGUCCCCGCCGCCCCCACCAGCGCCAACGGCGUCCGGGCUGCCAUCCGCCGGCCUGGAUCCGACCCGGAUCCCAAACCAAGAAAAAGAUCCAAACCCAGCUUCGAAUUCGACGAGAACAAGGCCCAGAUCUUCAGGCUCAAGCUCACUCACGCCCACCUCCAGUCAAGGCUCUACUUCAACCAGUUCAACGCCGCCUUCAGUUCCACCGCCAUUGCCCUUUCCUCUUUGUUACUCCACCGUUUCUUACCCAAGUCAGAAUCUUCGGGUAUUAUAUCUAACGGUGCUAUAAUUCCUGUUCUAUUAGGGUUUGCCACUGUUUGUAGGCUGCUUGUGUUUAUUACUAGGGUUUCGUUCGAAAGAUCGGCGUCGAAGCGGUCGGAGAAGCAACUGAGUGUUUUGUUGGGAAUUCUAGGGUUUGUGUUAGGGCUUAUGAUUGUCCUUGAGAUUGUUCCUAAUUUUGUUAUUGGGUUUGGGUUUGGGUUUUUGGAUGGGUUUGGUAAGUUUCUGGUUGCUGGUUUGAUGGGAGGUACAGCGGGCUUGUUGUUCAUGCCGGCGGGUAGGAAUGCCCGGUCAUUUUGGCUAGGAACCGAUCAGAUUCGGUGCAAUUUGCCGAUAAUUCAUUGCGGGUGGUUUGCAAGAAUGCUGCUUUAUGCUAACCAAUUGUUGGUUAUGUUCACUUCAUUGCUUUGGAUUGGUCCAUUUGCUAAUAUCCUUGUCAACAUGAAUGCUGAUAAUAGGAAAGGAGCAAAUUUGAUUGGCGAUGUUGAUCAGUUGGUUGGUAAUGUUGGUAUGUUGAAGUCUGAUUUCGAUAAGUUUAGGGUUUGGUGUUUGUUGGCUUCGGGUCUUCUGCAGAUUAUAACUUUGCGCUCGAAUUUGCAAAUGUAUCUGAAUGAAGCGGUUUUGUCUUGGUAUCAGAGGUUGCAUUCUAGUAAGGUUCCGGAUUUGGAAUACAGUAGGGCGAAGGUUUUCCUGCAUAAUCACUACUUGUGUCUUGUGGUUCUGCAAUUUUUUGGGCCACCAGCUUUGGUACUGCUCUUUCUCGGAUUAUCUCAAGUUGAUGGUAAGUUGUUUAAGGACUUGCAACCGGUGUGUAGUUUACUCCCCUGCUCAGAUUUAGUUAAAGAAAUACCUUUGUUUAUGGCUUGGUGGAUUACAUUUGUUUGGGGUAUAUUUACUUUGGCGAGCAUUGUUGUAUAUCGGCGGGGCAUUUUGUACGUUUCAUGAUGUGGUGUUUGACAUCCAGCCCUGGAGUUGGUUCUGCAUCUAGUUUUGAGCCAAGAGUGUUGGGCUUGUAAGGAUACAUUGUCGUUGUAUCCAAUUGACGAGUUUCAGCUUUGGGGAAAAUUGCAUUUACCGAUGUGGUAAAAGUAUUUGACACCUUCAAGUUGGUUUUGCAUCUGCGUUUGAGCCAAGAGUGUUGAGGCUGUAAGGAUGCAUUUUGAUUUGUUGAGGCUGUAGGGAUGCUUUUUGAUUGUAUUUAAUUGAUGCUUUAGUUUUGAGGCUGAAUUAUCAUUCUUUGGAGACAUAUCCUACUCUUUUCUA